AUGGAGCCGCCCAGCAGUGCCAGUGUUUAUAGAAAGGCCGCCGAAAGCGCUAUCGGCACAUUUGUGAUCUUAUUCGGCGCCAAUGAGAUAGAUGAUUACAUGAAAAUCAAGGAUCAAUACCCGACGGCGUGGAGCACUGCAAAUAUGCUGGUAUUAAACCCGCGAUGGCCCAGAGAGUCAUGCAAGGGGAAAGUCGAGGCUGCGGAGAGCGAGAAGAGCUCUUCAGUUUGA